UCUAUUUUUAGUGAAUCAUAAAUAUAUUUGAAAGUUGGACUCUAUGCAUUUCUUCCUUGUGUUAGUUGUUAAGUUGUUAGCUGACCAUGAUUUCACUUAGUGUCCGCAGUGGCUUGGCUAGUCUUCGAGAAACAGGUGAAAAACUAGUUGGAAAACGUGCAUAUCGUGUUUUGUUUGCUGCUGUGUCCCUUCCAUUGUCUCUUAGCACUAUUCUGUACUUCAUCAACCACAGAUAUGAUGGGCUGCAGUUAUGGCAGCUUCAGAACACUCCUGGAGUUCAUCAAUUUGUGUGGCUUGCAAAUUUUAUUCCCUUCCUUUUCCUGUAUCCUUCCACAUUUAAUCUAUUAAAGGUAGCAGCUGUUGACAAGCUUAAACUGCAUCUUUGGGAAACUGGGAUCAUCAGAAUUACCAGGCAUCCACAGAUGGUUGGACAGGUGAUCUGGUGCUUGGCAGAUACACUCUGGAUUGGGAACACUAUGGCUGUGUCAGCCUCAAUUGGUUUGAUCGGACAUCAUCUAUUUGGUGUGUGGAAUAGUGAUAGGAGACUAGCUAAGCAACAUGCGGAGGCAUUUGAAGAAUUAAAGAGGCGAACAAGUGUCAUUCCGUUUGCAGCUAUUCUUGAUGGUCGUAAAAUUUUGCCCAAAGAUCAUUACAAGGAAUUUAUUCGAUUGCCCUACUUGACCAUCACUGCAUUGACCCUUGGUGCAUAUUUCAUGCAUCCACUUAGGCAGGCUGGUAGUUUUGAGCUUCAUUGGUAGUGGAAGAUCUGUGAUGGCUUUGUUAAGAUUUCAAGAUUGUAUAUACCACGCCCUUAUAGAAUGCAUGCCUUAAAAAUGUAAGAUGAGAUACAUCCAUUUUAGCUAAUGGAGAUUCAUAUGGGUGCAUCUAAUCAAUCAUGUAGCCUAAU